AUGAAGAACAUGUCAGCCGCGACGCCCGCGCUGGAUGACGCACUGCCAAAGAGCUCUGCGCUCUGCCGCCGGAGUCUGAGGAGCACCGGAGACGGUUCCUCCCACAAGUUCGAAGUCUGGACCUUGCAGGGCCAUCCCCCAGCUUGCCUGCUGCCAGUGCUCCAGGCCUUUGCCAACCAGACCCUGCUGCGCCGCGUGCUCCAGCAAGCGGCCGCCAUCAAAAGGAUAACCUUGGCGAACAAGCUUCGCGAGAAGGAGUACAGCAAGCUGAACAAGUCAGACAAGAAGCGCGCCGUCUCUUGCCAGUACGCCCCCACGGGGCGCGCACGGUGCCGGCGCUGCGGGGAAGAGAUUGAGAAGGGCCAGCUGAGAUUGGGCUAUCCAUUCCGCUGGAGGGCGCAGGAAGAGGCCUACACCCUCUUUAUCCACCCGGAGUGCUACGAGUCUUCCGUCUUCGGCAUAAAGGAGAAGGAGCUGCGCAGCAAGAUCUUCGGCUACGAGGCGCUGAACAACACGGAGCGCGGCCGCCUGUGGAAGGAGAUGAGGAGCGAUGGCCGGGCCGCCAAAGCCAGCAAAGAAGGAGCCAAGGAGACCAAGCAGUACGCCAGCGGCUCCGUGGGCCGUGAGACCAAAGAUUUGGCCCCUGUGCCAGUGCCCAAGGACUUAGCGGUGCCCAUGUUGCCCUUCCAAAAGGAAGGCCUCGCCUGGAUGUGCCACCAGGAGGAGAGCUCCGUGCGGGGCGGCAUCCUCGCAGACGAGAUGGGCAUGGGGAAGACCAUCCAAGCCAUCAGCUUACUGCUGGCGCGGCCCAUCAAGGGCCCCUGCCUGGUGGUGUGCCCCAUGGCGGCGGUGCAGCAGUGGGAGAAGUUUACCAAAAAGGGCGCUAUCAAGACCCUGGUCUACCACGGGAGCGAGAAGGGCCGCGUCGCCACGCAGUUCAAGAAGUGCGAUGUGGUCAUCACUACCUAUCAGACAUUAGAGUCGGACUACCGUCGGGAAGCGCACAAGCACCGCGUGAAGUGCAAGUAUUGCAGCAAGCUCUUCAUGCCGGAGAAGUUGGCCUUCCACCAGCGGUACUUCUGCGGGCCGAACGCCGAGAAGACGAAGAAGCAGCAGAAGACGGCGGCCAAGAAGGCAAUGCAGUCCAUGGGCAUCGGAAGUGGCAAAGGUGAGAACACUCCGCCCACCAUCACCAACAUCUACCGCAGGGGUGACUACAUGAAGCAAGCGGGCGUGGAUGUCAAGGCCAAGGGCUAUUGGAACGUCAUGAAAGAGACCAGGGAUAGGCUGCAGGCCGUCCGAAGGGAUCGGAUCUAUAGGAAUUUUAGUGGUGACGAUGGACUUAGCCGGGAUCGCCUGGGCUUGCUGGACAAGAAGGAGCUAGUGGACCUCUGCCAGAAGAAAGGCCUGGACUCGGUGGGGCGCAAGCCGGAGCUCGUGGACCGCCUCAUGGACUUCGCCGUCACCGGGAAGAAGACAUCGUCAUCAUCGUCAUCUGCCGCCCCAAAGAAGGCCACUUUGGCCAUGAAGCUACUCUCGGCCGCCAAGGCAAAGGCGCAGGCGAAGAAGGCGGCUCCAAAGAGCGCCGCACCCGGCAAGCGCAGGUAUCAGGGGGUCUGCCAGUUGAAGAGCGGGAAGUGGCAAGGCAGCUACCAGGAGCUCAAGGCGGCCAAGGCGGUGCGGGACGCCGCUGAGGCGGCGGAGAAGGUCGGCAAGGGCAAGAAGGCGGAAUCGCCGAGAAGGCGCGUCGGCGUCAUCGGCAUCCUCCGGGGCCUUUGCUCGGACGGUGGCGAAGAGCAGGGAGGAAGGCUUCAGCACAUUCCCUUGGUGUCCAAAGAGGCGGUUUUCCAGCUGUCCAAGUACCACAACGUGGAGACCUUCGAAGGCUCGCAGCUGGACCUCGCCGAGUCCCCACUGCACAGCAUCCAAUGGGCGCGGGUGAUCCUCGACGAGGCCCAUCGCAUCAAGGGCCGCACCAACAGCACGGCGCUGGCGGCCUAUGCGCUGCAGACCUCCAAGGGCUACAAGUGGUGCUUGACGGGUACUCCGCUGCAAAACCGGGUGGGCGAGCUCUACUCGCUGAUCCGCUUCUUGCGUGUGCGGCCCUACGCCUUCUACUACUGCAAGAAGCAGGGCUGCAAGUGCGAAUGCGCCUGCUUCAUGCGGGACCGCUACUGCCCCAACUGCGGCCAUGUGCGGUUCCUGCGGCUCGGGCUCGGCAUCCCCUGCGCUUUGCAUUACUCCUCGUUCAAGCGGGACGUGCAGCUCGGCAACGAUCGGAAUGGCAGUUGCGAGCGUUUGGCGCAAUUGGCUGCAGCAACUUCAAGGUCCAACCCCAUCAUCAAGUUCGGCUUCAUGGGCGCCGGCAAGACCGCCUUCCAGAAGCUCCGGGAGGGCAUCCUGCAGCAGUGCAUGCUGCGGCGCACCAAGGAGGAGAGGAAGGAGGACCUCAAGCUGCCGCCCAUCAAGGUCUUGAUUCGCAAGGACAAGCUCUCAAAGCAGGAGACCGACUUCUAUUCCAGCAUCUACAUGCAGCCGCUUGGCCCGCGCACCACAGUACGGCUCCUUUUCGGGAGUUGA